GACCAAAUUAUGCCUUAGUGACGGGCCGGCGGUGGCACGGGCACGUAUGUGAACAAAAGAGAUCAUUUGAAUGUUACACACGUCCAUCUUGAAUCAGAUACAAGGAUAAGUGCAGGAUUUAGGCAAAUUCUAAUGACUAUUUUGUUAGGUUGGUUUUUGCUUCCGGGAGCAUAAAUCAACUGAGAACCUCUUCCUCGUUGUAGUCACAUGUCAGGUGAGAAAGUGGCAACACUAGGCGUGUAGUGUUUCUAUCUCUGCAGACUAGCUAACCAGUACCAGCAUCAUGGAGCAGACUAUCUUAUACUCUGGAAAUCCGCAACAAACUAAGAAGUGAUUAGCCUCUGUGUCUGUCCACUCAUGUUGCAACAGAUGCUUCUUCGUCAUAUCAUCCAUACCUUCUUGUGGUCAUACCACGUACUGAAUGUUCAUGAUGUCUGAACAUUUAGAAGAAAAUUGAUGUUCAGAAGAGUUUUUGAUUCCAGUGGAAUUUGUCCUGGUCUUUUGCGUCACUUUGUUUUCGAAAAGAGAACGCACCCUACGUGGCAACGCACCAACAUACCGAAGGAUCUACCUUUUUAUUUGAAAGGGAAGGCGUUUGUCGAAGCCAUCGUGCUUCCCCUAGUGACCUCUUAGGGUUACAAUGCCUGUACAAGCGCCGCAAUGGACGGAAUUCCUGCUGUGUCCCAUCUGCACCCAGCUGUUCGAGGAGAGCGUCCGCAAGCCCAUCAGCCUGGGCUGUGGACACACCGUCUGCAAGAUGUGCCUGAACAAGCUGCACCGCAAGGCCUGCCCCUUCGACCAGACGGCCAUCGCUUCCGACAUUGAGCUGCUGCCUGUCAACACUGCCCUACUGCAGCUGGUGGGAGGACAGGUGUCCAAACGGCAGCCUACCACCUUGCUGACGGGGCCAGAGGACAUAGCCCACUAUGAGGAAGCCAGUGAUUGUGUGGAGGAGCUGGCUCUGUACCUGAAACCACUGAGCAACAGCAGAGGGUUGAGCACCAGCGGUGCACAAAGCUCUCUGAGUCGGCCCAUGCAGAGGAAGCUGGUGACCCUGGUGCACUGUCAGCUGGUGGAAGAGGAGGGCCGGGUGAGGGCCACGCGGGCGGCCAGGUCCCUGGGGGAGCGCACAGUCACUGAGCUCAUUCUGCAGCACCAGAACCCCCAGCAGCUCUCUUCCAACCUGUGGGCUGCAGUCAGGGCAAGGGGCUGCCAGUUUCUCGGCCCAGCGAUGCAGGAGGAGGCUCUGAAGCUGGUGCUGCUGGCUCUAGAGGACGGCUCCGCUCUGUCCAGGAAGGUCUUGGUGCUGUUUGUGGUCCAAAGGUUAGAGCCACGCUUCCCCCAGGCCUCCAAAACCAGCAUAGGCCACGUGGUGCAGCUCCUCUACAGGGCCUCCUGCUUUAAGGUGACCAAGCGAGACGAGGACUCGUCCCUGAUGCAGCUGAAGGAGGAGUUCCGGACAUACGAGGCACUGCGGCGCGAACAUGACUCCCAGAUUGUCCAGAUCGCCAUGGAGGGUGGCCUCCGCAUCGCCCCUGACCAGUGGUCCUCUCUGCUCUACGGGGACCAGUCGCACAAGUCCCACAUGCAGUCCAUCAUCGACAAGUUGCAGACGCCAGCGUCGUUUGCUCAGAGCGUUCAGGAGCUGACCAUCGCCCUGCAGAGGACAGGCGACCCGGCCAACCUGAACCGUCUGCGACCACACCUGGAGCUGCUUGCCAACAUCGACCCCAGCCCAGACUCCCCUCCCCCCACGUGGGAGCUGCUGGACACAGGCUUGGUGGCGGUGAAAACGGUUGUGCACGGCCUGGUGGACUUCAUCCAGAACCACAGCAAGAAGGGGAGCGACACGCAACAGCCUCCCCAGCACAGUAAAUACAAGACGUACAUGUGUCGGGACAUGAAGCAGAAGGGAGGCUGUCCUCGAGGAGCCAGCUGCACCUUCGCCCACUCUCAGGACGAGCUAGAGAAGUAUCGUAAGAUGAACAAGCGUCUGGCCGCCCGACGGCCCCUCAGCCUGUCCUUGACGCAGCUCAACGAGGUGGGCCUAUUGCCCGAGGAGGUGGGGAUGAUGGAGGGGCUGGCCCACAAGGGCCUGACCAAUGGCAUGGUGGCAUCAGUCACAAGCUCCGCCCUGCCCCAGCUCAUCUCCCGCGGUGCCGACCCCUCCUACGAGCCCAUUAUGCGGAAGCCCCAGUCCCAGGGAAGCCACAGUGCCCCCGGCUCUCCCCCUGACUUACUGGAUCCCGUGCCCAAUCGGCCCAUGACCCACCCCAGGAUGGCGGUGGACCACCUGGCCAUGCACAAGCCAGUGCCCAGGGGGCCCCCCAUGUACCCCUCACAGCAGGGUGAACAUUUCUACCCCCCUGAGCCCAGGGCACCACCAUCAACCAUGCAGUACGAGUCCACCCAGUACCCCCCAGGUAACCCCCCCUACCCCUACCAGUCCUCCCAGUACCUACCCCAGCCCCGCUACGUUCGGAACCUCCCUCCCCCUAACGACCCGGCCACGCCCACCUACCCGGAGUCCCCCUACCCCGGCACCUACCCACAGGAGCACGAGUGUCCCCAGCCCUCAGGUCCCCACUUCUCCAACGCCAACCCCCAUGGGUACCCACCUCCCCCUCAUUACGACGGCCGUCGACAUCCCUCCUAUCCGCCGCCACCACCACAAACCUAUCCCCACCGGGAGGAACCCUCCUCCAUGCCUGCGGACGAGGCUUCCAGAGAAAGAUACCCUCCCGAGGGUUACCAGCCCGCUGGCCCCCACCCCGGCCACAUGAGGCCCUACGCCACACGGGAGGAUUACAGUCGGCCCCAGCCCACUCCCACUCUGGACUACCUGCACCGCCGACGCCAGGAGAUCAUGGCCCAGUUGGAGGACAGGAAGCAGGUCACUCCCCCACCCUUUGCCCCCUCGCCCACGCAGCCACACACCUACGAGUCCAACUACACACAGGAGCAACAGCAGUACAUGGAGAACUCCCAAGUGUUUGCAAAGUACCGUGAGCCAGACUACGCUAGCCAGUACUCUCCUUGGUCAUGUGACACCAUUGGCUCCUACAUUGGCAGCAAGGAGGGGAAGUCUAAAGACAGCAUGGAGAGGAUGAACACUGAGGGGAAAGGUGCAGAGGGCCAGCGCAGGUCGGCCGAGGCCAGAGACGACGACCCUAUCAUCCCCUUCGGCUCCCUGCCCACUGUGUCGCGCUUCGGGGUGAUCUCCCGCACCCCCAAGACGGGUUACCAGAUGGCCGGGCCAGGGCAUGCCGUGACCCCCUCACAGGGGACCAACAGCCCCAAACACACCGCCGCAACAGCGGACUACCCCUAUGGGAACGGUGCAGGAUGGGGUGUUGCCCCGUACACCCAGCCCCCUCAGGCCCACCUCAGUGAAAGGCCAGUCCAGGAGAGGGAGCAGCUGACAAUGGAGCUCCAGCAGGUCAAUCGGCAGAUCAACAAGCAGACUGCCCAGGCGGCCCAACCCAGCCCGGGGGAGUGGUCUUCGGGGAGCGUCUCCAGCCAACAGCUGAGCCUGGAGCUCCACCAUGUGGAGAGGGAGAUCGGCAAGAGGACCCGCCAGAUAGCCCUGGAGAACCAUGUGUCUCAUGAUGGGAGCGGGGCAUACAAGCUGAAGCCCACUGAGAACAAAAUGCAGAGAGAGGAGCACUCGUUGGUUCUCAGUGAGGGCUGUAACGGUUCCAGUUGUGUGCUGCUGGACGGCAGUGCGGCCAGCAGCGUUUUGUCCUGCCUGACCAGCAAGACCUCGUCCCUCAGCCUGUCAUCAGAUCGCCCCACCACCGGGGGAACUGACUAACAGGAGAACAUCGCGGUCCACCCGUGUUCCUAGCCACACCACUGGAGUCUGGUACUACAACCACUGCUACAACCAACCAGUCAGUUAACCACACAGAGCCUUGGGGGAACCCCUCAUCCUCUGAACGCUUAAACAUUUCCACCAUUUUUGAGUGGAACACACAUCCAGGUCCUCCAAACUGUCUGGUAUGCCCUACCUAAAUCCACAUUUGCAAGAUCUGGUUGAAGCCACUAAGAGCAUUUUAACUCCCAUCAUGAUACAUGUGCAAAGAGGCGCAGUCUCUCUCCUCGCUUACAAUGGUGAGAGACCGUUCUAGGCUUCUUACAGGGAUUUGGGAUAUAAGGGCUAUUAAUAACUUAAGUAACUGAAAAAGCCACUGAUAUGCAAAUGUGGACGUAGUGCCCGCAUAGACAACGGCGCUUCAUUUGAUACAACACAAAUUGCACACUCGCAACUUUAGUUUGUCUACAACUAAGCAGUAUCUGCCGUGAAUUUCAUAUCUUUUUUUUCUCAUUUUUUUCAUUUUUGUUAUUCUGUGGAUGAAUGUUGUUUUGUCAUAUACAAUCUCUCACUGCCUUGGAAACCAAGGGUUUUGAGAUUUAUGCUCCAUGAACGCCGAGGUGAACCCAAUACUGAUUAGAAGAAGAAUAUAAAGACGAGGCCAGUUCCUUGGUUUCAAAUAGACAAGGCCCCCAUAAUCGCAUUGACAUAACAUCUGUCGUUAGCUUCACAAUGUGCUACAUUUUUAGUAGCAUCCCUACAACAAUCUUCGUGCUUAGCAUACAUACACGUUCUAAAAUGCAGACUUUGUAUUUGGAAUUAAUUGUAAGUUCUUGUAGCUGAGUUGCAAUGUUAUUCGCAGACCGAGUUUUGUAGAGCGUUUCGUUAAGUUUCACUCUUGCCACUUGAGGAUUUCAUACUUGGUGCUCUGUUGAAGGAGCACUUUUACAUCUGGUCAAAAGCUCUCCAUUUCAUAGGAACAAUACUUGUUGGCAACUGGCUGUGAAUAAGUUUUAUAAAGCCAAGACACUACAAAUUGAAGAUGACUUUGGCCUCUUGAAGGCGUAGAGUUAUCACUUUUCAACUGGGAAGUAUUGAGAUGUUGUUGAAACUGUAACAAACUAGACGAGGCAAAGGCGUCCCCUGCGUCCAGUUGUUAGUUCAGUGGCCUGGACCUCUUUUGGUAUCCCCCUCACCACCACCACAACCGCCUUCAGACUCUGGAAAAGGAGAUUUACUACAGCCUCUGCCACCCAUGCUUUGGGAUGGGGCUGAUGUGAAAAGGAUAUGCACUGAGUACACAAACAUUAAGAACACCUGCUCUUUCCAUGACAUGAUCAUGACAAGCCAUGAUCCCUUAUUGAUGUCACUUCUUAAAUCCACUUCAAUCAGUUUAGCUGAAGGGGAGGAGGCGGGUUAAAGAAGGAUUUUUAAGCCUUGAGACAAUUGAGACAUGGAUUGUGUAUGUGUACCAUUCAGAGGGUGAAUGGUCAAGACAAAAUAUGUGCCUUUGAACAGGGUAUGGUAGUAGGUGCCAGGCGCACCGGUUUGUGUCAAAAAACUGCACCGCUGCUGGGUUUUUCACACUCAACAUUUUCCCGUGUGUAUCAAGAAUGGUCCAACACCCAAAGGACAUCCAGCCAACUUGAAAUAACUGUGGGUAGCAUUGGAGUCAACAUGGGCCAGCAUCCCCGUGGAACGCGUUCGACACCUUGAAGAGUCUAUGUCCCGACGAAUUGAGGCUGUUCUGAGGGCUUAACCGAGUGCAACUCAGUAUCAGGAAGGUGUUCCAAAUGUUUGGUAUACUCAGUGUACAUUUAGACUUGGCAUUCAAGCGGUUUUUCUAUUCUUUUUGGGGGGUAAUUUAAAUGCGGCGAGGGAUUGGGUGGGAGGGAGUCACGUGUCAAGCAUUCGUCUGCUGUUGAUUGGGUGGCCAGAGAUGGGAAGAUGGAGUAAAAAGAAACAUAGGAACGAAGCCAGACGUUAACCAUGGCUAGAAUUUGAGACCUUGAUCUACAAAGUGUAUAUUUUGCACUUUCAUAGCUUUAAGGAUUGUUUGUACUGAGGAUAUGUAUUUAUUCAUAUGUAUUUUCAUCCUGAGGAUGGAUAUAACAUUGAAAGGUAAAACUUACAACCCGCAUUCUGUUUUAAGAAUGUGUAGUCGAAGAUGGCCAUGGCUGCUCCCUAAGGCCAUAAUAGAGUUGACCAUGUACAGAGCAGGGUUAAAACAGCCACUCUGAUGAAUAAAAACAAUCUACUGUAUACUUCCUAGUUAAAUAAUAAUAAUUGGGUGGAGGUUCACUUCCACCAUUGUGACAUGGUAUGCUAUCUCACAUACCCAUAACACGGUGAAUGACAGGAAAGGUGAAAUUCCUAUUUCAGUUCCUCCUCAUCUCCACUCUGAUCACCUUUUUCACCAACCGCAGCGAACGUUUGUGUCGUUUUAUAUUUUAACUUCCAAGAAGUUGCUCUAGUAAAAGGGUUUCUGUUGUUUUCCUGGAGGGGUUAAUGAUUUCUGGAUGGGGGUCAGUGCGUAGGUAGGGACAGGCCACUGAACUGGGCUAUGGCAGAGCUAGAGUUAGCUAAGCAGUUAGUAUCACUGGAUAAACAACCGCAGAACCACCUCAAAAGGGUGGGAGGAGACAGUGACAUUUUGACGCUGCCAAAUAAGUGUUUUUUUUCCAAAAUAUGAACAAAUUCAAAGUGCAGCAGUUUUGCAGUUGGAUAAUGUGCAUUAUGUUGCACCCCUUGCAUUGAUGUUGCAAUUUGAAUUGAUAUUUCUAAAUAUUUCUGUAUUUGGAAUAGUGCAGUCACGUUUGACACUAGCGUCACCUUUUUGUGUUGUCGGUUACACUUCUCUUUUAAUCCUAUUUCGGCAGUAGAAAUAUAUUAAAUAGUGCUAACCAGUUAUUGCAUUUAUUUCAAGUAAUUCAACAUCUUUAGAUAACUACUUGGUACUGAAUGGUAUUCACCGCUAAUGUAUCCCACCCCCCCCCCAAAAAAAACUUAACUAACAAUAGUCACACGGAUAAUGUUACUAUCAGAUACACGCAGACUAUGAAAUUAAGAACAACAAGUUUGCUUACCUUCUAGGUCAAAUGAAUUCACCCGAAAUGUAUUUAAGUUUCAUUGUGAAAUGAUGGCUGGGAUAUUCCAUUUUGAAUUCACAAGAUAUCCAACGCCUGGAAUAGUCACACUUGUUUUAAUCAAGUCUUUGUCUUCAUGGAAAUGUUUAAGUAUGUUAUACAUGUUUUUAGUUACAUCUCACUUUUGAGAUUUUUAUUUGAGAUGUGAAACAGCUUACACUGUAUGUGCAUAACCUAUACGGCAUUGGUUUUUUGCAAAGCCAGACAAUGACAUUGACAUAAGGCCAUUUUUCUCCCAUCGAAGUUCUGUGCACAUGACAUUGAAAUAUUCAUUGGACCUCAAAGGUUGCUGUCUUUUUGAGCAUUCACUCGUUUAACCGUUUUCUGUACUCAUUUCAGAGCAUUAGAUUUGUUUGUUAGCAUUCUAGCUAGCAAUAUUAUGGAAAAUGACUGUUAAUCAGACCAUAAUGCGGUUUGCGUUACCGUUCAUGCUAACCAUAACCAAUGGUCCCUUCAUACCUCAUCGUAUUAAUUAAAACAGAUUUUCAAGGAUAUGGUGACACAAUCCCUUUGUGAAUCGUUAUGAUAAAUUGGCAUGGCAUCGUGCAUGUUUGUUAUUAAUAACUACGUUAUCUCGCUUUAGUCACCUCUGCGUCAUCGGGGUUUUGGCACGAAUGUGACUUCAAACUAUUGUCAUAGUGGGAAAUGAAUUGCGUUGUAGUGUAGAGCCAUUGUGGUGGCUAAAUUAUGGUGGUUGUUGUAGUAGUUAUAGAAGUUCAUAGGAAAAGAGAAAGUAUGUAUCAUUGUGCAAAAUGUGCACCUGUAGUUUGGGGGCUGAACAGAACUGCAGUCAACUAUGCUGUGUGCAUACACAGACAGAAAUAUUUUAAUGUCUGGGGAAAUUGUGGUCAGUGACAACCAUUGGUGUAAUCACAAGAUUAUUAUAUAUGUAUCAUGCAGUGUUUCCCCUAUAUUCAUUUAACACAGCAUAAGCCAUGGCAAAAUGGGUAGAAUUGCAGGCAACUAGCUUUAAAAUAGUAUGAUUUUUCUCCCCCCCCUCUGCCCUUGGUAAAAUGUGUAAAAUUGCAGGAAAUUUGCGUUAAAACAUAAAAAUGUUAUCUCUGUGACCAAGAGGACGGCCUGAAACAUUUGGUCGGAGACCGUCCCAUACCAUUGUCCCCAACUUUGGCAAAACUGCUAAAAAAAAAUCAUAGGGCAAACACUGAUCAUGUAUGUGAUUCAUGAGGUCUAAAUCAUACUGACCUGUUUGACCUCUGUGGCUUUGACAGCGCUGAGACGUACCAAGAAUACACUGGUACUACUAAGCCUGAAUAAAUGCCAGGAGCGUCACUUCUGUUAUCUGAAGAGCAGUGCUUACAAAUAUCUGCCAAACCAUUCAGUAAAAAUCAACUCCAACAAUCCUUCCAAUUGCAUUUGGACUUACGGCUGUAUCAGACGGCUUGAUGUAUUUGGACACAGUGUAUGUUCCUCCAUCAGCGUCAUCAUCAAGACAACAUGUCUCCUCAUAAAAGGCUGAGUCAUUGCUCUCUGAACGUGGAUUAAUAAUGCACACUUUUGUCUUUGAAGGUGUGCAGACACCUUUUUACAGAGAACGUCAAAGUCCUCUGAGGACCUGGUUGAGAGUUGUCGGUGGGUUAGCCGCUAGGGGAUGCUAAUUUACCAACUUGUGGGAUCACUCUGAACGUGGGUCAACGUACAGCUUUACCAUGACUUGACUCCGUAUUGAGGAAUUGGACUAAUAAUGUACGUUCUUUGUACAUUUAUUCAGUUAUUCACCUCUUUUAUUUGAUGUGUUUGUUACUAUUUUGUAGACCAAUAUAAACUGGUCUCUCGAGACAUCUUAAAAGCACCAAUUUUGGUGGGACCUCUUUUUUUUAUUUUUAUGUAUAAUCGCUAUGUAACAUUAUUAUACUAUUGUUGUUUUUGGUGUUACUAUUGCUUGGGAAAGCGCUGUUGACAUUUGAACAAUCGUAAAGAUUGGAUACAAAAGCCUUGCUGUAAUGCAUUGUAGAGACAGAAUUUGGGGAAGGUUCAAAAGAAUGUAACACUUUGAAAUGGUUUGUUAUAUUGCCAUGCUUCAUGGGUUAGGCUACUUCUUAAAGGGCAAUUCCACCACUUUUCAACCUCAUUGAUCAUCACCAAACCAGUGUCUACAUAUGUGAAAACAGCACGUUUCUAUGACCUGUGUUUAAAAUGACAAGAAAGGUCCUAAAAAAAUUAUUCUCUGGGACAUCACAGAGUAGGAUUAAAAGUCAAAAAUAAACAUUGAUUUUCAAAACCUGCAAUGAGUUUAUAGCCCAUGGUCCCCGUGUCACCGCGAAUCGCAUAGUGUUUGAAAAUCACUGUUUUUAAAAAUGUAGCUUUUGAUGUCAUCGGGUAGAAUGUAACUUUUUUAAAUGUAUUAUUUUUUCAACAAAACGUAGAAAUGCAUCGUUUACACAUAUGUUGACAAUGGUAUCGUGCUGGAGAUAAUGAAAAUGAGGUUGAAAAGUGGUGGAGUUGUCCAUUUUAACAUGCUGUGGUUUCUAAGAACUGCUUUCGAUCAGAGGUAUUAACCAGAAGAAACUGCCAUUGCCCGCACUGGGAAAGUGAAUUACCUCUUAAGUUAACUACUGUGGUUCAAAGCCCUGUCUGUUGCUAAAAAUUUUUUCAUAUUUAAGUGUUUGAAAAAAGGUGAACAUUUUGCGCCAGUGCAAAUUAAUAUAAUAUUAAAACUUAAACAUGUAUGUUUAAAUAUGUCCUUAUAAAUGUACGUUUUCAUUUUGAAGUAUUCACUUCUUUAGAAAAAAAUUGGUGGGAAAAUGUAUCCUUUUUAAUGUGUCUGCAUGGGAAUUCUCUUCACUCCGUACCUUCACUGCUAUAUUUUGAAUACUGUCUGUUCUCAGUCGUUCUAUUGUUGAGCGCACUGAUUGAGGCUAAAGAAAUGUGACGAGCUUUCCAGCAGGAUGACUAUUUCAAAGUUUAAGAAGCAUAUCUACAGGCUUGUCUAUACAGUACAUCCAUCAACUUGCAGCUGUUAAUUAAACUCCUUCAAGAGUCAGCAUUUAUAUUAAAUGGUCUCUACAAAAAUCAGCUGUGCAAAGAUGAGUCAAUCAGCUGAUUGCCAAUGCAGAGCCGAGGAACCGCUUAUCCUUUGAGACAAAGGAGUUCAGUGCCAGAAUCUACACUUUGUAAAACUGCAACGCAAGUUAAUAUUAAAGAUCCAUUGAUACCGGGAAACUCACCUGUUUGUUUACAUAGCCAUUUUGUGUCUUUCAUACAAACCAAGAAAAUAGUUUGGGCUGUCGUAGCAUCGUCUGGUCUGUGUUUGAUUAGAGGAAAGACAUCCGCCGUUUCCAAUGGGCUUUUAUUUUUCCAACCCUUCUAGAAGGUUGUCCGCUUUUUUUGAAGUUGUGGAGAGAAGAUCCCGGUAGUCUUGUUUUAUGCUUCCUAAUUUAAAUGAAGUGUGUGUGUGUGAUGAUUGACUCGUAUUGGGUAAACGCAGAAACAUUUGAUAGUAGGAUAGCCAUACACCAAGACAACACGAGUAACUUCAUUAUUUUCCAAGAAUGUUACUUUCUUGUCCAGGAAAUAUCUUCAGUUAUUCAUUGAGUUUUUACUAAAUACUGCGGAAUGAAUUACUUAUUUUGGACUUAGUUGUCCUUGUUAGCAAUCCUAUCAGUGUUCCCCCUAUAUUCAUUACAAAGCGGUGGCCCACCUCUGCUUAAUUGUUGCCACCGCUGCAAGCAAGUAGCACAGGAUCACUUAACUUUUUAAGUGAAUAUGAAACGGAACAUUAACCCACAUUGUAACACCUCACACAGUGACAGGCAACGGGUAUUAUUGGGAGUUGAUUCCCAUGUGAGCGGCCGUGUCCCAAUGGGAGAGACCGCUUCCUUUCUUUUUCUCUUUCUCUUGUUCACGCUGAACACACUCAUUGGUUUGGGAACUGUAAUUGGGACAUGUAAUUGCUUUGGGACAUGUAAUUGCUUUUGAUUACUACUACCCAAGUUUUCUUGUAAGAAUUUGCUUAAUUAAAUUAAGGUACAUGUUUAACUUCAACAUGAUGAAGAAAAUGUUUGUUUUUAUAUUAUACUCCCUUAAGGAAUGUUUUAGAAUAUUUUUCCAAUGUGGAUGUAGCUGUUAUACCAUUUUUCUUUUGUUAAAGAAUUCACUGUGUGAAAAUUGGAUUGCAUUUUUGUAUAAUACAAUUGCUUUUGGGGGUGGGGGGGAGUACUAGGGGGAAAACUAACUGGAAGUUUGAAGUAAAUGUAACUUAUGUGCAACAGUGAUUCUUUACUGGCAGGGACUGUAAUUAAAUAAUAUUGUGAAACUGA